UAAUUGAAAAUUAAUCUUGGGGUGUCUGGUCUUGGUCUGGUCUCCAACAGUUUCCGUUUCUACUUCUCGUCCCUGCUUUAUGUAUCAAGUCGCUCCCCCAUUCUAAUGAGGACUACGGACCAGGCACCAGAUCUAUCCUUGUGGGCAGCGAGGCCAGCGAGCACACAGCUGGUUAGUGCAAGUGUAUAUUUGUUUCGACCUCCUCAAGGUUAUAUACCCUGCUCCAGGUUCCAGCCGCAUGUAUCGAACUUGGACUUGAUAGGGUCACAGAAGCUACAGAUAUUGAUAUUAAGUCCGUCGAUUUAAUCAUAGAAAUACGCUAGGGUGUUGAGAUGAUGAGGUCGUUUGCGUUCCUUGUCCUGAAAUGACCUCUUCUCCCCCUUCGCUGAUGCGACUUGCGCGAAGAGCACAGCAGCUGCAGAGGGUUUGGCCGUCUUCACUGAAUGUACAUUACUUGUUGCCCUCUGAUGCUCAGGAGAAGCAGAGACUUGAGUUGCAACAUUCCUUGCUCAGGCGGACGUUAUGUGAUGGAAAAUCCAUAUUACCGCCUAUAACCCUGGGGCCUGGCGACAAGGUAUUAGAUUCGGGUACAGGAUCCGGUGAGAGUUUACGUGUCUACGCUUUAAGGAUAUGGGUCAUCUCGCUUGCGAAGGAAGUUCCUUCGUCGGUUUCUCUUACGGCCAUUGACAUACAAUCCAAAAUCUUUCCCAAAAUCUGUCCAACAAACGUAUUUUUUCACCACCACUCAGUCACAGAUUUACCGGGCGAAUGGACCGAUUCGUACUCGCUGGUCAACCAACGUGUUCUCUAUGCGGCCCUGACGGAAUCACAGUGGAGGUCGGCUUUGGUAGAAAUCCAUCGUGUUCUCGCUCCUGGCGGAUGGGUGCAGUUCAUUGAAGGUUCCGAAAUCUCACCCGAUACAGGACCUUACACUGCAACGAUAGGGAGCAUCUUGACCAAAUUAUACGCACGUAAAGGCCUGCUCAUAGACGUCGCAAAACGUCUCCCUGGCAUGUUGGCCCAAGGAGGUUUCAUUAACAUUCACAGUGAAACACGGGCCUUACCUGUGGGGGCAUGGGCUGGUGCGGAUGGGGCAGAACUAAGGGUUAACCUGACUACAGUAUGUUCUGCUAUGCGGGGCCCUAUCUUCGAAGCCGAUGGAUUUGGGCUGGUAUCGUCAGAAUACGAAUAUGAUAACCUUCUUGAUGGCUUGACGAAAGAGUGGGAUGAUGGACCCGACAUAUAUGAAGAUUGGACAGUGGUGUAUGCUCAAAAGCCCAGGGUUUAGAAAUUAGACUGUAUAUUGUUGAAAUAAAUGUUCCACUUUAUACAUCAGUAUUUUCGCUUGAUUUACCAAAUAGUUUUAUGGCCAAGGGCCCAAGUUAA